AUGGCACCCGUUUCUGUUCCAGCUUAGCCAAUCGCUGCACAGUACGAUUACCGGCACUCAGUACAGUAGACACAACCCGGAUUGUAACACUCAACCAUUCGGAGGGGCAGGAUAAGCUGGGGUUGUUACUGGGCGGUGUCCUUUUUUUUUUCUUUCCCUCCCUCCUUCCCCUCUCGGGAGGAAUCUACUUUCCAGGAUGGGAGUAGGAAUGGAAUAGAGGUAAAUAGCCCCCGAGAUUUGUGGACCUGCCGAGGGUAUUUUUCUUUGGUAGCGUUGGACGAACCAUGGGAAGGUAGAGAGGAGAGGGAGAAAGAAGGAUUGGAUUGGAUUGGAUUGGGGUGGACUUUGCUGGAACGAACUGGACCAUACCGUGCUGGGCUACAUGCGUACGGACCGAGCUUUGGACUGGGAGGGAGAUUGCAUGACACGGUGUCUUAAGGAGAGAAGGCAAGGCAAGGACUGAUAUCAUUGUGAUUGCCCGUCGGUAAGGCGAGGCUUUACGAGUUUACUCUUCCUCUUUUUUUUUUUUCCAUCAAGAAAACCCUCUCCUGCUUGUUUGCAAUCAUAGCUAUCCAUUUAUCGCCAACAUCCCUGCGGACAAACAGGCAGGAGGAACUAGUUUCUCGUUUGUCUUUUCCCCCCCACUCUCUACUCGCAUGCGAUAAGAGGGCGAGGUCCGCUCUGGGGAUAUCUAUUUAUCAAGUCCCGGGGACCCGCGAGGAAGUGAGUGACAAGAUACUAUCUACGACUGCAGUUGUAGGAAAUUUGGGUUUCCAAACGGGAGAAUAAGGACCAGUGGGUCCAUCAGAAUAAAAUAUUUCCAUCUGGAUUGGGACAGCUUUUAUCCAGUUCCCAUACUUUUUUCCCACCCUGCCCCUUCUGUCCUUCUUUUUAUCAUACGACCCUGUCCUCAUACAAUAUACCCCUUCCCUCCAACCUCCUGCGGGUAUCCAGUGGAAAGGUCUCCGGAAGAGAGAGAGGGUGGUGAAUAGGAGACCCAAUUCAAACUCGAUCCCUCAGGAUGACUUGGAUCGAUCGGGCAAACAGACGGGUGGCCAACAGCUCAUUCGGUCGAUACUUUCGACUGGAGCACUCUGGCCACAGGAAGGAGCGAAAGGGCUCGCGAUUCUUUACGGAGAUUCGUGCUGGUCUUGCUACGUGAGUGUCAAUCAACCGACCCACAAUUAAUCCGGGACCCUUGGUCUAAAACAUUUGGCUUUUGCGCCCGCUGCACGGUUGCUAAUAGUUCCCGAGUUUAGUUUCUUUGCCAUGGCGUUCGCCUCCCCCUCAUCCCUGCCCUUUCCCGCUCGCUCACAUGCCCCUCACCGGAAUCGAUUUCCCCCCCUCCCCCUCACUAUACCGCGUUUCCCUCUGCUAACUCUGCUCUCCAAAAUUGGUCUGUGAGGCAUAGUUAUAUCAUUGCUGUAAGAGUUUCUUCUUUUCUCUUUCCCCAAUUCGCAAUUGGGCUGGUUCGGGGCCCUAAACUGAACCCUGCCCGGGCAAAAAUGUAGGUAAAUGCAAACAUCACAUCACAGUCCGGCGGAACCUGCAUCUGCACACCAACACCAGAAGACCGGGUAUGCGACAAGAACGAAGAAUACAUGCUAUGCGUGGGCAUUGUACAACGAGACCUGGUAACCGCAACCGCCGCCAUCGCCGCCUUGACAUCCUUCUUCAUGGGACUCGGAGCAAACAUCCCCAUCGCAUGCGCGCCCGGUAUGGGACUUAAUGCCUACUUUGCGUACCAAGUCGUUGGGUAUCACGGCUCGGGGCCGGUGCCCUACAGACUCGCCGUGACGGCGGUCUUUGUGGAGGGGUUUAUAUUCGUUGGCCUAUCGAUAUUGGGACUGCGACAGUGGCUUGCCAGGGCUAUCCCUGCUUCCAUCAAACUCGCUACCGGUGCUGGUAUCGGGCUCUACCUUGCGCUUAUCGGGCUGACGUAUUCCGCUGGUAUCGGUGCGGUCACCGGCGCCGUAUCGACUCCGUUGGAUCUAGCCGGAUGUAAGCCCGAGUUUAAGGACGAAAUUACCGGGGUUUGCGAGGGGCACAAGAUGAGGAAUCCGACUCUUUGGAUUGGCAUCUUUUGCGGCGGGAUUGUUACCGCUUUUUUGAUGAUGUAUCGGUAGGUGUUGGUCCCCUCCCCCCCGCGCUUGAGGUGGCGGUGGUGGCGGUUGUUGAUCAGAUUGUAGGGUUAAGGGUGCCAUCAUUGCCGGUAUCGCUCUUGUAUCGAUCAUCUCCUGGCCAAGGCCCACUGAGGUUACCUAUUUCCCUUACAACUCCGAGGGAAAUCAGAGAUUCGACUUUUUCAAGAAUGUGGUUGCUUUCCACAAGGUAUCCCACUAUCCUCUCGCCCGAGACCCUCUCCGCUCACGAUGGAUAGAUCGAAAAAGUUCUCGUCGCACAGGAAUGGGACUUGUCCGGAGCCGGUGGUCAAUUUGGCUUGGGUGAGUGAGGCCCGAUAAAUGAAACCUGUCUCGCCAACUAACCUCUUAGCACUUGUAACCUUCCUCUAUGUCGACAUCCUUGACUGUACCGGAACCCUCUACUCAAUGGCACGCUUCGCCGGCUUCAUAGACGAGCGUACUCAAGGUACCUACCCUCCUCCCCGAACCCUAAUGCCGUCAAAUUAAUGCUCUCCACUGGGCAAGACUUCGAGGGCUCAGCCAUGGCCUACAUCGUCGACGCCAUGGGCAUCUCCCUAGGCUCGCUCUUCGGAUCCCCGCCUGUGACUGCGUAUAUAGAGUCCGGCGCCGGUAUCUCCGAAGGCGGAAUAACCGGGAUAACAGCGAUGGUGACGGGAAUCUGCUUCUUCGUCUCCGUCUUUUUCGCCCCCAUAUUUGCCAGCAUCCCGCCCUGGGCCACCGGUUCCACACUCAUCAUCGUGGGCAGCAUGAUGAUGAAGGCGGCCGCAGACAUCAACUGGUCCUACCCCGGCGACGGAAUACCGGCAUUCGUGACAAUCAUGGUGAUGCCGUUCACCUACUCCAUCGCCUACGGCCUCAUCGCCGGCAUCAUCACCUACAUCAUCCUCAACACGGGGGCCUGGCUUAUCGAGAUCAUGUCUGGCGGGCGCAUCGUGCCCUACGGCAAGGAGCUGAAGGACCACUGGACUUGGCGUAUCCCCGGGGGCUUUUUCCCCCCGUGGGUUGUGCGCAUCGUGCACGGCGACAGGAAGUUUUGGAAGAGGGAAGAGUACCAUGAUGGACGGAGUGGUGGUGCCGGCGGUGUUGGUACCCCACAAGAGGCAGAUGGCGGAGAGCCAGGUGGUGUUGCAAGCAUAGAUUUAGUAGUGGGGAUGGGGAGCGGCGGUGUUGGGGUUGGGAGGGAUGAGGUGUUUGUUAAGGAGGGGUAACUUGAAGGGAGGGGGGGCAGUUUUAUAUAUAUGAUAUUAAUGUGUAUAUGUUUUGGGUUUGGUUUAGCUUGGUCCGGUUUCUCUUUUUUCUUUUUUUUUCCCUCUCUUUUUGAAUAGGAAGAUUUGGUUACCAAUACCAUACCCUGAUUAUUCCUAGGGCG